AUGCUGGUCGAGAGCGUUCGCAAGAUGGAACACGUGCUCAAGGUCAUCGAGGCGGCCAAGCGUCGCACCAUGAUGCACAUGACCGGCUUCGCGGCUACGCUGACGCUGCUGAAGCAGGCGCUGGAGGCCCUAUUCGCGAAGACCGACGCCAACCAGAUGCGCAUCCUGCACUCACGGCUGCUGACUGAGGCCAAGCCGAAGCAGGUCCAGGACGUUGAGCGUGUCAAGUGCGCCAUCAAGGACAGCCAGCUGCAGCUGCCUGAGUACGCUACGAGCGAGGAGACUACCAACCUGCAGACGGUGGACGACGUUGUCGAUGAACUUAUUAACAUACCGUUGCUGCAGCUCGUUGACUGGACUGCGACGUGGGCAAAGAUCGCGGAGCACCACUCGAGCGCGACUCACGUGCUGGAGUUUGGACCUGACCUUGGCGUGGCGAAGCUGAGCGACAAGUUCGCGGAAGGCCUGGGCAUCGAGGCGGUGAUGGCGACCGCCAAGCACCCCGUCAUGAGCACAUCGACGAAGUACACCCCUCACAUCGGCCUGCAGCAGUUCAUCGACGCUACGCCGACCUUAACUCCUGCCGAGGUGAUGUGGGCGAAGAAGUUCGGCCCGCAUGUGACUGCGUCGGGCGGGCUCUACAACAGGUUCACGCACGCGCUGAACAAGCCCCCCAUCAUGGUCGCGGGUAUGAAGCCCACGACGAGCCUGGAAUGUAUUGACCUCGUUGCAGCAAUCCAGAACGCGGGUUUCCACGGCGAGCUUGCGGCGGGUGGCCUGUCGCGCCCGAACAUCUUCGAGGACGCGGUGAACGAGCUGGUGUCGAAGAUAAAGCUUGGUCUUGGCAUCGCGAUCAACAUGCUGUACCUGAACGCGAAGCACAUCACGGUCAUCGACGGCAUCACCGCGGCAAUCUUCAGCACCGCGUGGAUACCGUCCACCGAACCGCGCCUUCCACCAGCCGAUGGAGGAGACGUCGCCGCCAUCCGUCGCGUGUCGAACGUGCUGCUGCUGGUGGGCUCUGGCUUCGGCAACUGGAAGGACUCGAAGCAGUACCUCACGGGCGAGUGGAGUCUGGCGCGGCCACCUGCACAAGAAGCCUGCGGAUGGUAUCCUGAUGGGCUCUCGCGUGAUGUGAAGAAGCUGCUGGUGGACACUCCUGGUAUCGAGUCGGGGCUGGAGUGGGAGACGAGCUACACGGGCGUCGUGGGCGGCGUUGUCACGGUGACAUCGGAGCUGGGCGAACCGAUCCACGUGGUGGCCAACCGCUGCGCGCUGCUGUGGAAGGAGUUCAACGACAAGUACUUCUCGAUCCCGCGCGAACAGGUGGAGCUGGCGCUCCGCCUGAACAAGCAGGACAUCAUCGCGCACCUGAACGCGGACUACCAGAAGCCUUACUUCGGCUGUAAGCGCAACGUCGAGACCGGCGAGGUUGUCCCGACGGAGCUGGAGGAGAUGUCGUACGGAGACGUGUUGACGCGACUGAAGGCAAGCCGCAGCGCUGGGUGGAACGACACGUACGUCUCGCGCGUGAGCAAGUUCAUCACGCGCACGGAGGAGCGUUUCCGUCACGAGAGCGCUGGCGCACUGUUUGACCAGUCGGAGCUCAAGUCAAACCCGCGCGAAACGCUGAGCGCAUUCAUUGCGAAGUACCCUGCGACGGUGUCGACGCUGAUGUCGGUGCCGGACUGCGACUUCUUCCUGGAGCUGUGCCGCAUGGGUGGCAAGCCGGUGAACUUCGUGCCUGCGAUCGACACGGAAUCCAGGACAAGGUUCAAGAUGGGACUCUCUGUGUCCGACGAGCAGCGCGUGUUCAUCCUGCAGGACCCCGUGGCUGUCCGCUACGGCACGGAGGUGGACGAGCCCGAGGUGGAUAUUCAGGGAGGCAUCAAUACUGGCUUCAUCAACGUCGUGAAGGAGAGCGGUGCGAUUGCUGCCGCACCGGUUGCUGCUGCCAAGCCGAUUGUGGACAUCGCCGGUGCUGAGGUCACGAAGAGCGAAGGCAGUGUGGAGAUUGCGGCGCUCGCCGCGUCCGUGCGCGACAAGGACUGGCUGGAGGCGCUUAUCCUGUCAACUCACGUCGUGGAGAAGAAGAUGCGGCUUGUGAUCCCGUACGUGAUCGAUGUCGCCGGUGUUCGCGUGUUCGACAGCCCCAUCGACAUCUCGGGCCCCGUAAUUGAGAUCACGAAGAAGGAGGCGUCGAUUGCCGUUGUGGUGAACGAGGACGAGGAGGGUGCCCCCGCCGACUUCGUGACGAUCGUGCCGUGGCGUCCGCAGAUCCGGUCGGUGUUCACGAAGGAGGUGAAGGCCAACCUGCUGGGCCUGGUGCACCUGGCGUCCGCGACGUUCCUGCCUGACGACGACAUCGUGACUCACGAUGCUCACGAUUCAACGUGCACGGUGGUCCUCAUUUCGCGCAAGACGGUGGGCGAGCAACUGGAGGAGGUGCUGUUGCCGCUGGUGGAGCUGCACAGCGAGUUCCUGAUCCGCGGAUCGUUCAAUGACUUUGAGCCGAUGUUUUUGAUCGACAAGCCGACGGACGAUUUCGUGACCAAGCGCCAGGAGGAUGUGGAGAUCCUGAAGGCGAAGUCAUGGCUGAAGCUUGCUGCCGAGGCCUCGGUGAGAGUCUGUGACCUCUUGUCGUUUGAGCUGACGGCGAAGAAGCAUUACGCGUCCAUCAACUCACUGAGCUUCGUGGAGGCUUCGGUCGUGCUGUGCCGUGAAGAGGCUGGUUCGAAGAUGGAGACCGGCACGGUGCAGUAUGGUAUGAUGAAGCAGGCGCCGAUGGCGUUUGGGUGCCCUGGUGGUAUUCACCUGCGCACGACGUUCGGUCUCUUCAUCCUCGAGAUGGUGCGGAAGAAACAGAAGUCCAUUACGGCGCACUUUUGGUGA